UAGGUUUGCCAAACUGAAGAGCCCCAGGGCCCUUGUGAGCAAAAUCAUCUAAAAAUCCUCUCUCUCUCUCUCUCUCUCUCUCUCUCUCUCUCUCUCUCGAGCUUUAACAAUGGGGACCUCGUCUAGAAGAUCAAGCGGACCAGUUCUACCAAUCGCAUCGGCCUUUCGGCGAUCAAUUUCACCGUCUGGUCGGUUUGGCUCUUCAUCGUCAUCCGAGAUGUCGUCGUUCUACGCUUCGUCCACGAAUUCCAGCUUCUGUUCCUCUCCCUCCACCGGUUUCUUCAACCGUCCAUCUUCCCCGACGCGCGUCAACCUUCAUGGAUUCGCUCCACUCGCUCCGUCAGUCCGGUUUUCGAUCGAUAGAUCCAAGUCUCCUAGCCGUUCGAUGGCGGCCUCGCCUCGAGACCAGGUCGUUCGGAAGCAGAACAACAAUCCGUUGUCGAAUCUCCCGAAGAGGACCUGUAUGUGCUCGCCGACGAAUCAUCCGGGAUCGUUCCGGUGUAGUCUUCACAAGAAUUGCAACACUGGCCACUCCAUUUCGUACUCGCCUAAUCGGUUAAACGCUCGCAGAUCGGCGAUGGCGAACUCACUCGUUCGCAUCGGAACAGUCGAAGGCGAUCUAGUGAAGCGAGCGUUGGCGCAAUUGAUUCGGCCAUCGUCGCAUCAGCAGAAACGAAGAGAUGAUUUUCAGCCGAGACCGAGUCGGCUCUCGAUCAUGUCCAAAGCCGACGAUCUCUGAACACCAAUCGGUUACAGGUUGGUUCUUUUGAUUUAGUCUUUUGUAGGAAGAAGGCUUUGAGUUCUUCCGGCGAUGGUGUCAGAUCUCGGCGAAGGUAUCGGAUUUCGGCGAAUUUAGAUGCAGAUUUUGUACGACUGCGAUACAAAACCCUGAGAAUUUUUUGAGACAUAAAUACAAACUCCCCCAAUCCCCUUGUACACAUGAUUUACAGCAAUUGAUAGCAAUUGAAGGACGUUUUUGGACA